ACUUCUGAUCGGAUUUCUCGGUAGUUCAUGCCACCUAACAUCUCUGUAGUUCGUGCCAUCUACCUGUAUAUUUGAUUCGUGAAAGUCGUAUUUCAAUAUUUAGACAUGCAGCGAGAGUAAAUCUGCAUCAGCCUUCUUUACAUACCCUUUGCUAUAUCAACAUCAUAAAGUUCAAUGUAUGAACUUUAUUGCAUGCUUUAAAUUAGUUUCUUGUAAAGGCAAGUGAACGAUAGUGGUUUUACUCAUCUGUGAAUAUAGAGAGCUAAGAACCAUGUCUAUUGUAGCUCUUAUAUUAUGCUCUGCUUCGGUAAGUGUAUAUUUAAAAAAAAAUAUGUUUGAAAAUCUAACUCAGACUCGAAUUCCAUACAUUGUCGAUUUGGCGUUGAAUGUAAUGGAAAAUAAUGCAAGUAAAUUAAGAAAACCUAUUGAUGGCAUAAAAAGUAUUGAAAUCUUUCAAUGUAUGUUUUCUUUAUCUUAUAUAAUGGAGUUCCUUAAAUACAUCUGUUACACAUAGACCAGAGGUCCUAUUUUGACUGAGUUACACACUGUCAAGCGGCCCUGUCAGGCAUGUGUUACACAUUUACAUAGUUCUUGUGGGCCCUAUGAUAUAUACACAAAGACAAGAGGACCUAAUUUGCAUGUCUUACAUGUUGACAAGAGGCCCUGUCAGGCAUGUGUUACACACUGUUAAGAGGCCCUGUCAGGCAUUUAUUAGACACUGUUACGAGGCCCUGUUAGGCAUGUGUUACCCACUGUUAAGAGGCCCUGUCAGGUAUUUAUUAGACACUGUUAAGAGGCCCUGUCAGGCAUUUAUUAGACACUGUUACGAGGCCCUGUCAGGCAUGUGUUACACACUGUUAAGAGGCCCUGUCAGUUAUUUAUUAGACACUGUUACGAGGCCCUGUUAGGCAUGUGUUACACACUGUUAAGAGGCCCUGUCAGGCAUGUGUUACACAUUGACACGAGGCCCUGUCGGGCAUGUGUUACACAUUGACACGAGGCCCUGUCAGGAAUGUGUUACACAUUGGCACGAGGCCCUGUCGUGCAUGUUUUACACACUGUUAAGAGGCCCUGUCAGCCAUGUGUUAGACAUAGACACAUAAACAAGAUUUCCUGCAUUGCACAUGCUAUUCAUUUACAUUUGCUUGUUACACACUUUGUCUUUAAAAAUUGACACAUCGUUUAACUCAGAUGGUACAAUAACCCAAUCUUAAUGAAACAAUCAUACAAGGGACUAUACGCUAUUAAAAUAAUAUCGACUAUACACAUGUAUUUAAGACUGGCAAUGAUGAAUAUAUUACAAAAUAUCAGCGUUUUGAAUUUGGAAUACACAUAACUCAUAAAGCUAUUUAUACAAAAACACUCACACACCACAUACACACUUAUUUAUUUGUAAUGAUUUAUUUAAAAAAAGGGAUGUUAUUAUAGUCAUAUUAUAAGGAUAUUAUAAGCAUUUUAAUAUGACCUCAUCUUAAAAUAACUUUAAAAUGAAAAUUAAUUAGGCUUUGAUUGUUAUUAAAUUACGAUGUGACAUAAAAGAAAAAAAAGCAAAAAAAUGUAAUGUGAUAUGAUGAGAACCACUAAACACCUAGUUUUCCCCACUUAUUUCAAGGUAGCCCUUGUCGCCCACGCCACUGUAUGUGGCGUCCCACCUGUCUCAGAUCUUUUACCACACGACAGCAUCUGCAACCGCAGCAGCCAAUGCCAGACAAAGUCUUGUAAAAAUAACACGUGUGUCUGUCCUCUGGACUAUUACUUCCACAACUGUUCAUCACGGUGCAUUCCAAGUAAAACGAUUUUUCAAAAUUUAAUUUGUUUGAAGAUGUAGAUAUAGUUUUUAAUAAAAGUUAAAUGUAUACUUAAGAUUAUUUAUUGAAAAUAUCAUUAAAAAUAAUGUUUUUGAACACAAACAAAAAAAUUAUUGUAUUAGACACAUUAAAAGAUCAUAAAAUAUCUAAACAUUUAAGAGCCAUAACAUUUGUCGUCAGAAACUUCUAUUGUUUAAAAUGCGUAGAAGAUUUGGAGUAGAAAUCCCAAAUCCGAUACAUACUUUCUUAAAAAAAUUUUCUUUCUGAAAAGAAGCAAAACGCCAACACACAAAAUACAAGACACACGUCAUAUAAUGUUCUCUGUGGCAUUUCUCCGAAAUACGUGAUAGUAUUUCCAGAAGUAUUCGAAAUUUUAAACCUUGUCAUUUUAAAGGCGCCUUUUAGAACACAAACCCUCCUAAAAGGCAUUUUUACCCAUACUUUCAAACGCUUAUUUUCGAGCAGAAAUAUUUCAUCUCAAUAUUGAGUCCUUACAGAUUUUUUUACUAAAUUCCCAUCUGACAAUUGAAAAAAUGGUUAUAUAUAUUAAGAUAAAUCAAUGAAUACCAAAGUUGUUUGUUUAUUUAGGCUGCAACAAAACCUUAACAACAUCAUCUACAUUCAUUGCGAGUCCAAGUUAUCCUAACAACUACUCCAACAAUGUUUACUGCUUUUGGACCAUUGUCGGACUGUCAGGUGAUGUGUUGUCUUUCAGGUUUGAACAUUAGUGCAGAGCUGGUGUUAAGUUCUUAAUUAAAGUGCCUUUAAAAAGCAUUCGGUCUCUGUUAUUCUUAAUAUUUAACAUACGUUAAACUAGUAAUAUAUAUAUAUUUUUUGUAUACAAGUCAAAAUAGAAUUUUAGAAAUAUGUUAAAACUACACAAUUCUUUUUAAAAGUAUCAUUAAAAUUAAUGGUUUUGAAAAAAUUUUUUUUUAACUUUUUUAUUUUUGAAAAUACAUUUUUGAAUGAUUUAAAAAACCUCUAACUUCAUACGCAAACACAUGUAUUUGAUAACAAGAAGAACGCUAACCAAUUUUCAGCAUCCUCGAUUACGCUCUGGGUGGCUGCUGCGACAACAUCUCAGUGUACGACGGAAUCAACAAGAAGGCAGCGUUUCUCGGGAACAUCUCACAGGUCAACCAAACCAUCGUUGCGACAUCUUCAUUGAUGUACAUCGUCUUCACCACGGAUGGAUCCGGCGUGGAUACCGGAUUUUAUGGAUCUGUUCGGAGUCAUGGUAAUGCUUUAGUGUUUUCUUUAAAUUAAAUUUUAGCGCUUCUUUAUAUUAUAUCACAAAAUGUAUAAGUAUAAGCUUGGCAUUUAAAAACAGCUACAAAGAAGUCGAAUAUUGGAUUUCUCAACAGUAAACUAGUAGUUACUGAACCCAUCGUUUGAGUUCUACCUUUGAUAUUCGUACCAGUAGAUUCCUACUGACAUUUCAGGGCUUUUGUUUAAUACAGGAUUUCUUUAAAAAUGUGAAUGUGAAACUGUCAACGAUUACAUUAAAAUACGCUUUGAUUUGCUAUAUCGCCUUUAAACUGACUAUAAGCUACACAAAAUGCUCUAACCUAGUCAUUUGCACGUUUCUUUCAUUUGAAGAAUGCACAUCAGUCAUCACGGAACCAACCGGUCUUAUAUCCAGUCCGGUUUAUCCAAACGGUGAUUUUCGAAAUGGCAAUUGCAGGUGGUCAAUUCAAGGAGCUUCAAGAGAUGAGUACAUCGUCAUUAGGUAACAUUUGUUUAAUGAAAGUGUUACAUCUCGGUUGGUAAAAUGUAUUGGUUAUCUUUUUUUUUUCUGUCACAUCUGUCUCUAACGAUGAUAGUAAUUUGGGCUCUUUAUCUUGUCGUUGAAUGCAUGGCAGACAUCUCAUUAAGAUGUUGUAGAUUUUCAGGUUGCGUCUUGUAUAAGUCUCAUUGCCGUGCAGUAAAAGUUUAAUACAAUAGCCUGGUGGAUUCGCAUUUUGAAAAUCUCUUUGUGCUAUCCCAGAACCUCUUGUUCAUUCCGGCCAUAGACACUUUUGGUUUAGUUGUUACCUCCCAGCAAUGAAAGCAGAGGAGGAGAGGACUGUGGGUCACAGGUAAAUAAAUGCACUAAUGUUCUUGAAGGGCGGGACGUCUGCAUCUCCUAGAGUCCUGACUUUGAUGGUUUGUUUAAACCUAUUCCAUUCGAUAAAAAAAAAAUGAAACAAUCAUCUUUGGUGACUUUUUGAGGCUACAUAGUCGGCGCAUGUGGGUGAGAAAUUUUGAUUCAUAAUCAUGACAAGGAGGCAAACUGUGUUGAAAAAUAUGUUGAACAUAUUUCCAUCAGUCCUUGAAUGGCAAGAACGUACUUUCCACAUCUAAAAAUUACUUGAUGUACAUGCAAACUAUAUGUUUAACGUAAAUAAUGUCCACGGUAUCAUUCAUGUAUUUCAACUAUCUUUAUUUAAUGUUUUCUACAGUUUCCAUGACUUCGAUAUAGGGCCGUGUGCAAACGGUAACGUCACACUCAGUGAGGGCAACAAACAAGUGGCCUAUUUCUGUGGCACCGUCUUCCCAACCAGCGUCAGGUCCACCAGUUACUACAUCUCACUUGAAUAUAAAACAGGCAAUCAGUCCCAGUUGGCGCACAGGGGGUUCAAUGCAACCUAUCGUAUUUACAGUAAGCCGAAUCAUGUCGUCAAUAUUCAAUUUCAAAUUUUAAUUUUCAACACAUACUGAUCCAUUAAAUGAUUCACAAUUAUACUAUCUAAAUUAAUUAUUAAAAAAGUUAUGACCUUUUUUAAGACCAUAAAAAUAAACCAUUCCGUAAUUGUGAUCAUUAAUAUCAAUUUAAUAUCGUCUACUCAUUUCUAAACUACUUAUAAUUGAUGAAACACUUGAUGUUUUUUUUAACAAUAAACAUUUGACAUGAAUCAAUGGCUUCUUCGUAGAUCCUAGUAAAGGAGUCACUGAAGAAUCAAUAGGUAAGUCAGUUAGUCUAGAAAUCUAAUAAUAUAAUGUCUCUUUAUAUAGUAUUGUACAAAAGUCACGAUUAAUUGGGAUAGACAUUUUUUUUACUUGCAAGAAUUUAUCACACCAAAAAAUGAAAAGAAAAUAUAUAAUUUUAAACAAAACAAAAAAAAUGAAUUUUAAAUAGUUGGCUUAGGCUUAUUACUUACUGAAAUGUGUUGAAAGUAAACUUUAUUGUAAUCGUAUAUUUGACUUUGAUAAUUAAAAGGACCAGAUACUUCAUAUUUUACGGCCCCUAGUAGAAGCUCCACUGAAACGUCCACCAAUAAAGCAGGUAAAUCACGUCUUAUAAAACAUUGGUUAAAUGCUGAUGGCUAUUAAAAAGAAAAUUCGAAACAAAUAAUGUAUUUUGUAAAACCUCCCAAAAAAUGCGAAGUGGAUAAAAAACAUAAUAUCACCUAAAUAUGUUUAUCAAAUCAUUUAAGAGAAGAACGAAUAAGUGGUGGGUGUGCAUUAACAUUGCCCGUCAGCUAAAUAAAUUAAUCACAUCGUAUACAUCUCAUUAACAGCCCCGAGUAAUGGAUCUCCUGAAUCUCCCACAAUCCAAUCCAUUAAGUAGUUUGUGAAUCAACGACUCACUUUAUUAGUUAUCAUAGAAAAAUUGAUUAGAAGAAAAAAAGCCCACCAAUGACUGAUUGAAGGGAAGGUUAAAGUUUGACAAUUUAGGGAAAUUCCAGCAAGCCUACUUGUUUAAAACCUUUAUAAUCUUAUACAAACAAAUACUAAGACCAAUCUGCUGUGAAUGUGAGAUAUUUGAACAUUUGUAUUAUAUAAGGCCACGCCUUCUUAGCCUGUAUAAUUUUAAGUUUAGGCGCGUGUGAAGUCUCCAAUGGUAUAUUAGCUCACACGCACUGUGCCCCAACUUAAAUGUUUACAAGAGCUCUAAUUAAUCUGACUUUUUGGGGGAGAAAAUACAUUUUAAUUGGCUAUUUAGCCAUUUGUUUUGGACAAGGUCCUAACUUCAGGUGUAAACUGAUGCGCUUGUUCCGAAUACAAACCCUAGCAAAACCAUUUUUGUUUUAACAUGGGAAAAUAUCAAAUAUAAUUAAACUGUAUGAUACAAACUUUCCAAUUCAUAAUAAUGAUAACGAUUUACUCAUAUGCAUGUUUAUCGCCAUACUUCAUCAUUAUUUAGAGUGGUGACAUUGUCGUGGAGGGGACGGCAGAAACUUUGAUCCACAGCAUGCAGCUCCUACCUUCGCUACGCUAUUAAUACUAUGUAUAGCAUUAGCUAACAGUAUUGGCAACACAUUAGUAUAGCCACUAUAUAACCUUUUUAAGAGCUUUAACAUACUUAACAUUUGAUUUUUCCAUGAAAACUAAAUCAAGAGAAUAGAGAACAGAUUGAUGUAAUUUUUUUAUCAAAAACCGUUAGACCGUUGUCCAUAUGUAUUCGUCAUCAUUUAACGAAUACAUCAAUUUUUUUCACAGGUACAGGUAAAGUUACCAUUGAAAUGUCCACAUGUGAGUUUAAGAUGUACACAAUACAUUAAAUAAAUAUACUACUUGAAUUAGUUAAUAAUUUAAUAGAUUAAUAAUUUUGGACUUUCAUCUUCGUGAGGCGAUGCUGUAGCUCCUGUUUUAUUUGCACAUCAACAAUGACAUUUGAAUGCAUCUAGAAAAGACAACAUUUGCUGUACAUCGACAAAUGACAUUUGAAUGGGUCCAGAAAAGACGGCAUUUGCUGUACAUCGACAAAUGACAUUUGAAUGGGUCCAGAAAAGACAGCAUUUGCUGCCCAUCAAAAAAGUGACAUUUGGAUGGUUCCAGAAAAGACAGCAUUGGCUGCAUAUCAACGAAUUACUUUUGGAUGGGUCCAGAAAAGACAGCAUUAUCUGUCAGAUGGACCCUGUAAUUAUCGUUGACUGCAUAUCAGCGAAUGACUUUCGAAUGGUUCCUGUAAACAGCGUGGGCUGCAAAUCAAGUAAUGACUUUUGGAUGGGUCCAGAAAAGACAUCAUUGGCUGCACAUCUACGAAUGACUCUUGGAUAUAUCCUUCAAACAGCAUUGGAUGCACAUCAGCGAAUGACCUUUGGAUGGAUCCUGUAAACAACAUCGGAUGCUCAUCAGCGUAUGACUUUUGGAUAGAUCCUGUAAACAGCAUUGGCUGCACAUCAGCUAAUGAAUUUUUAGGGCUGAUCCUACAAAGUCAGCCUUGACUACACAUUCCAAAUGUAAUUUUUGACUAGUGGUGUGGAUUCCUACCCAUAUUACAAGUUAAACAUAACAAACCGGUUGAUUAUACAUGCUGUUUUCAAAAAUAAGAUUUAACUAAAGUGCUUACAAAGUACCCAUCUCCUUUACAGCUCCAAGUGCUGGAACUAAUGAAGUUUUAGGAAACAAGUCUGGUAAUGUAGUUAUGAUUAUUAAAAUAUCUUCCCUUUUAAAUAUAAUAUUCUUAUAAUGUUGUAAAAUUUGUGUUUCAUUAAAAUUAGAUUCAUUAUUUUAAAAAAAAAAUUAAAUAUCAGAUUUUAAAUUAAAUGUAUAAGAUUAUUAUAAAACUAGGACAUUCUUGGCUUUAUUUUUAUCUAAAAUGGUGUAAUUAACGCUAAUUAAUACUUAUUCACAGCCACAACGAGUGGGACAGUGGGACGUUCAACAAGCAAAGCUAGUAAGAUAGUAGUCAAUCAAAAAUCAAAAUAUAAUAUACUUUAAAAAAAAAUAAUUUAAAAAAAAACACGCUGAUUAAAAUUUAAAAUCAAAAUAUCAAUAAAAAUAUCAAUACAGAUAUCAAUAAAGAUAUCAAUAAAGAUAUCAAUAAAGAUAUCAAUAAAGAUAUCAAUAAAGAUAUCAAGUAAAUGUUUAGAACUCUUCUUUCUAUGGAGACAUUGAAAGCUAUUUGUGAAUUGCACGUUUACACGUAACCAUUUGGCUUGCAAUGGGUGUUUUGAAAGGUCUGGUGGCAGGUAAAAAAAAGCGAGGAUUGUGUGGGAUAAAUAUAAUUAAUAAAAUUGUGCUAUUUAUCAAUAAGAGAGAGAGGUGGGGACAAUUGUGGUGAUUAAUUAUUAAUAAGAAUAAUUAAAUAUCUUUUUAACGCUUUACUUAACAAAUUAACGAUGCAUGAAAGUAUUCAACGCUGUACAUAGCCCAAAGAUCUGUGCAAAGCCCCUAGACAAUUAGGUCUGGCCCCACUACAUACAAUGUACUAUCCUAUCUGAACUAUCAAGCCACACAAAUUGUAUGACUUCAACGAUGAGACUUUUCGUUUGAUUAUAGAUGUCAUAUAGAGAUGAUAAGUUUUGAUUUUUUUAAUAUUGUUUACAAAAAGCCAGAAGUAGCAUGACUCGAAAAAUGAACGAGCUAUCUUUGCAUCUCCAUCAAUAUGUAGGCAUCCCAAAACAAAGCAAGUCGAUGUAGAAGGCUUUCAGUUUACCAAAAUUCCACAGCUUGACAGCAGUCUCCACUCCCGUACCCAUUAAAACAUUACCCGCCCUCUAAAUGAGAUUUUUAUUAUUGAACAAAUGGAUUAAAACUGUUCUUCUACAGCCAAGGUUACCAGUACACAAUCGCUGAAAUGCACGCCGAGUGAAUAUGACAUGUACAGAUGUAUUUGGAAAGAUGACACUCAAUAUAACGCAGGAUGUCAUCACUCAUGUGAGUUGUCAAUUUAUCUUUUUCAUCUAUCCUUUGUCGCAGUCGUCAAAUACCAUCAGUGCGUCUGUACAUCUUCUUUUCUCUUUCGCUACAAGCGGCUUAAAGUUACCAAUCCCAGGGGACAGGACUCAGCUGCAAAUAUCUGUACGUGUCAUUUAAACAGAUUGUUCUUAAUUGUCCUUAUGUCAAAAAAAAAAUGGUUUCUUUUUGUCAAAAACGAUUGCGUCUCGCAAGUGAAAUUGUUAUUCAAAGUCGGCAAGUGUUGCUGGAGUUAAUAAACCAUUUAUGGCUGGGGAAAAAAUGUUUCUAGCGCUAGUAAAUUAUUUUUAUGGCUGCAAUAAUAGUUCACGUAUGGUAGUAAACAGUGGUGACGCCAUCAAAUUUAACAUGGCGGGUCCCUUGCAGGACUUAAAAUAAUUUGGCGGGUCUCAAAUAAAUGUAUUAAAAAUAACAAUUUAAACAUAUAAAGUCAUUUAAAAUGGAAGUUCUCUUACAUAUAAUGUAGUUUACGCUUAAUGAGCAUAUAUACAAUAUUAGUAACUAAUAAAAAUUUACCAGGUCAUUUGCCAGGUCCCAAGUUUUUUUACCAGGUCCUGAGACCCGGCGGGACCUGGUGUAGCGUCGCCACUGGUAGUAAACUCUUAUGGCUGGGAAUAAUAGUUGCUCGCGGUAGUAGAACAUUUAUGGCUGGGAAUAAGAGUUGCUAGCGGUAGUGAACCAUUUAUGGCUGGGAAAAAUAGUUGCUAGCGGCUAUGGUUCUUUUAUGGCUUUUUAUAGGGUUGAGCUUUAUUCUCAGCCGGCUGUGUAGACCGCAUCCCGUUCGCAAAUGCUCGCUGUUUGACCAUAUACACUUUCUUCAGCCCAUCGUCUCACUGAAGCGUGUGUUAAUGCAAGCAGCAUCCAUCUUGUCUUUCUUACAUUCUGUCUUGUUUCGCAGGCGAUAUUUUUCAGAACCUUCAUGGUCCUUAAAAUGCCAUCUGCAUCCAUUUUAAUGACAUGACCAGGCCAGCGAUGACGCCUCUCUCUGAUUGUAACGAUCAGGCUGGCGCGUUGACUUUAAACAAUACCUCAGAUGUUCGGUGUCCUUAAUCUCCAUAUCACAUUGUUGCAACCAUCUUAAAAACGAGUUACGUUCGGGAAUGUCUUAGCAUCCUUCUAACUCUAUCAAUUAAUCAUAAUGAUCGACAUUAAUUUUCUGAGUGCCAAAAAAAAAAAAUUAAUGAAAACGUUAUAUUUACUAAGGAAUAAAAAUGCAAUACUCAUUCUUGUUUUGUUUUAAUUCUAACAUCUGAAUGAUUUACUCUGAUUUUUUAUGUUGCUAAAACAAAUAUUUUGAUAUAUUUUCAGGUUUUGUGACAAUACUCAUUGCCCUUUGCUGCCUUGUAUUAAGUACAAAUAACAGUUUUAAUUGAGUUGGGUGACGUCAUGCAUCUUCAGAUUGCCACGCCAUACUCAUGGUUUUUGUUUUGGACAAAGCGACUGUAAAGCUGUAACUAUUUGUCAAUCAGAGUUCCCAAACACGUUUCAGUUCUUUUUUUUUUUUUUAUUAAGGCAGGAUGACUAAUUUUGUCUUUUUAGUACAUAAGGCUGAAAUAUUGGAUGUGUUAUAAAUAGGUGCACACUUUAUGAUAAAAUGAAACAAGAAAAAAACUUAAAGACACCAUACGGACAGGAAUCCAUCGACAAGUUGACGUUAGUUUUCUUUUUAUUAUGUAAAUACCAAAUUUGUGAUUAUAAUUUAUGAGUCAUGUUUGGUAUGAUCAUAUCAACAUAAGAGUAUUUGAAACAUAAUCGAAUGGUUAUCCAGAUAACAAAUGGAGUAAGUUAUGAACUAUACUUUAGAAUAACCAAAACCCUCAUUAUGCGGUGAUGGUGUAACAAGGUAAAAAUGUUAUCCCUACUUUCCAUGCACAUCAAAAGUUCAUGUAUUAAAAAAAAUAUGUGCAGCUUAAAAGGUGAACAAAUUAAGCUUCAUGUAACGCCACAAAGAAAAAAGAAAAAAACUAACACAAUGAACCAAGACAAAUAACGUUUCAACUUAAAAUCGUGUGUAGAGUUUAUCGUUUUGACAUUAUCUGUUAGUAAAGCUUAAUUUAAACUUUUGCUAUUUAAGUACAUUAAACAAAUAAUUCAAAAUUAUAUUAAAAUUCAUAAAGAUCAAUGCAAUGAAGCUACUUGCAGUUGCUGGGGGGGGAUGGAGAAGCAUGCUGGUAAAUUUGUACAUAAUGCGUAACAAAAUAAGUUUUAUAUAUUUUGUCCUAACUUUUUCAGAAAUGCCAUUAAAUAGGUUUGCUAUAUGACCUGGUUUUAAUCCUCAGCUUUUUAGAAAUUUAAUCGUCUACUAAUGUGAGAUUGUCCGACAGGCAUUCUUAAUAUCAGAAAUUGGUAUGCGUCAAAUUGCAUAGGUAAUAAAACUUAAUGCUAUAUGAUUAUUGAUUUAACAUAAGAACCUGUCUUUAUUUAUUACUUCUUUUAGUUUAUAACUUAUCAGGCGAAUCAAACGAAAACAAAGAGGGAAAAUGUGUAGGUUGGUUUUUGGUCGGUUGGACAACCUUGCUAUAAAAUGUUUAGUGUAUCUAUUAUUCUUACCAUUUACCUUUUGCUACUUAUUUGUGUGCUUCCUUCCCUUUUCUUCAUGCAUUCCCAGUUCAAAAAAGAAAGAAUUUGAAGUUGUAUACGUUAUUGAUUAACAAUUUUAAUACGCAUUAAUAAUAAUAAUAGCAUUUUGCAACAUGCUGAAAUUUAAAAUUAAACAGAAGAGGUACGUGUAUUCCUCAAAUACGUUCGACUGAUUUCCGGGGUUGGAAAAGUUUCCUGGCAGGUCUUUUGUUUAAUUAAAAUCCUAGGGUUCCAGUUUGAGAUACCCUAAUUCUACCUUUCCACAACUUUUUGCUGAGAGUUGUAACUCUUAUUAAUGUAUCGUUAAAACAGGGACCAAGCUGAUAGUAUUAAAGUCAGUGUAACCUAAAAUAUCGGCAUCUUUUAGUCAUUUAUUACUUACAUGACUCUAUUUAACAGCUAGACAAAUAAGGCAUUCUUGGUGAGAUACGUUGUUACGCACUGGCUUCUAAUAUGAGAAAUUUAUCUCCUAUUUUAAUUUUAAUUGGCUCGUUGUAAGCAGUACCUAACAAAGGACGGUACCAUAGAGUCAACACUAUUAAAUAUACGACACCCAAAACAGUUUCUA